AUGGAGGCAUGGGUUCCACUCUUUGACAUAUUCCUUAACUCCCCAACGCCAGAAACUGAAGCAUCCCUCUGGUUACAACAGUCUUCUUCUUUCGUUAAUGCAUCAUCAUCAGUUCCAAUCACCACAGCCUCUUUUCUCUCUUUGCUCACCAAACCCAUUCUCAACAACUCAUCCACAAACAGGAGGAUCAUGUUUCUACAAACACUGCCUUUUCUGGUCCAGUCCAGAAUUUUGUCAUUCCUUGGUUUUGAGCAUCAAAGGUUUUGCAAGCGAGAGUUAUCUAUGUUGGCCAGGACUUUGUUGACAGAAAACAACGACAUUGAUUUCUGGGUUAAUAGGGCUGCCCGCAUUCUGCUCGACAAAGUGUCUGACUCAAGUUACCAGUGGAUUUCUUGUUUAAGUUUGGACUCUGGAGAAGAGAGAGUUGUUGAGGAGUUUGGAUCGAUCCCAGAUUGGCUUAAGGAUGCUGCUUCAAGUGCCAAUGAACUGUUUCUCCCUUGGUUGCCUCUCUCGCAUGAUAUCUUGAACUCGAGAGAAUUGUUUGCUGGUUAUGAAAGCGAAGAAGAUUUCUUGAGUCAAGUUGGAGAGGUUGGAGGUGACAAUUCCAAAGAUUUUGUGGAGGAAAAGGAGAUUGAUCGUGUCAUCAUUGCUCCUUUAGAUGAUGAAAUUCAAAACAUGGCAGAGAGUUUGAAAGAGAGGAUUAUGAGCUUUGAAUCUAGUUCUAAAACUGUUGAGUUAGCAAAUGAGAUUCGCAGACUUAGUUUGGAGAGCAAAGCAGAUUCUUAUAUGAUUUUGAGUUUGCUUGAACCUUGGAAAGCUGAUGAUGAGAAUGCUUCAAUUCUGAUUUUUCAUCUUUCAAAUGGAAGUGAAGAAGAAGAGCUCGCUUGGCCUACCCAAGUAUUGUGUUCAAUUAUGCUUCCAAAGAUGUUGGUGCUUGAAGAGCCAGCUUCUCGUGUACUGGUGACUGCAAUGGUAGAGUACUGCAAGCUUAAUCAGAGAGCUGCUGAAUGUGCACUAUUGUUUCCGCUGAUAAUGAAAAGGAAUGGGAUCAACAACUACCAUUGUGAUGUGAUCACCAGGAUCGUCAAGGAAUGCUUGCACCCAGCUCAUGUUUCUGCCUUUUGCCAAAAGUUGCUUUGUGGACAAGAAGUUGAGAAAAGAUCCAUCGUUCUUCCUUGCCACCAAUGCCUCAUAUCCAGUGAACUGGUUUGGACGGAAUCAUUGUUUAAUCUUUUUCAAAAUAUCUUAAAUCAUAACGUUCAGUUAACUCAGGAUUCAGUUGAUCAACUUGUGUUAGUGAUUAGGGAAUUGGCCCCAAGUUUCUCUAAAUCUCUGAAAGUCGGAAAUUUUCUGCUGUGUUUCAUCACCAGAUGUUCUUCAUUAUCGAAGUCUCAUAUACCUUUAUUGGUUGAAACAGUUGUGAAGACCAAUACUCUUGUCACUAAAUCCAUAUUAUCAAAAUUGGCUAGCCUCUAG